AUGAAGUUUAUGCCAAAUCGCGACCUUGACACGGUCACCUCUGCGCUCAACUUUACAACCCCGGAUCUCCAUGUGGUAGGGGGAUGCGACCUUUACACCACCAAGGCAGCCGGCGGAGACAAGAAAUUAUACAAGAACAUUGAAAAUGGCCUGGAAGCACAAUACAAGUCGAAUCUCCAAUUCUCGCAAUCGCUUUCCCCGCCCCAGGCGCAUGUGGCGGCAUCAAGCCUGAAUCUGAGCCGAAGCAGUCCCUUUGGGAAUCUGGGGAUGAUCAGCUCGCGGAGGACAUAUGCGUACCUCAUAGCCACAUUGAACGCGAGUCACCCUCACUACGACUUCUCGCACGUCCUCCGCCCCACCGAUUUUAAACGAGAGAAGAGCCUGCGACACGUCAUGAACACCUUGGAUACGACCAUGUACAAUCUCCGUUCACGGCCCGUCAGCGCAUAUCCCAGAGAUUCCGCCCCCCUCGCAUCCGCUCAAUCGCAAUGGGGACCAGCAAUGUGGAGAUUGAUCGACCAGCACAUGAGUUUGCGCGAAUGCUCUGUGUAUCGUUACGCACCCGAGGAGUUUGAUCCCUUUGAGGAUGACGACGAAGGAUCGAUCUGGUCGAUGAACUACUUCUUCUUCAACAAAGCGAGGAAGCGUGUUUGUUACCUGUAUCUACGAGGCAUCAGUGUUUUGGCGGUCCCUACCAUCGAUGCCCUGAGGACGCCUAUCAGGUCCAAGCGCUUUGCCGAUGAGGAGGCGGAUGGGUGGAUCACUCCCGAUCUCGGCGCGCACAAGCGAGCAAAAUACUGGCUGGGUGAUCGAGAUGAUGUCGAAAUCGCUGAGCACGACGAUGAAGCAGAGGGAGAUGUGGACAUGGCGGUCAUGUCGGUUGAGAAAGACGAGAAGCCCAUGGAUGCCCCCGUUUCAGAGGGCAAGCGGCCAUCUAAGGAGCACGGAUCCCCGGCUGACGAUGAAUACUUCCCGCCCCCAUCGAGGCCGGUUGUCGACGAGCAUGACAAUUACCUCCUUAGCGACGAAGAGGUACGGAGCUUGAGAAGCCAGAGCAAGAGCACGGCGCGGGGAGUCAGUGAAGAGGUGGUGGGACCCAUGGAAGUGUAG